AUGGUCACAGGAUGUACUCAUCUUGGGCAGGCUUAUGCUGACAGGGACGUUUGGAAACCAGAGCCAUGCCAGAUCUGUGUGUGCGACUCAGGGUCUGUUCUCUGUGAUGACAUCAUCUGUGAUGAUCAAGAGCUGGAUUGCCCCAACCCGGAGAUUCCUUUUGGGGAGUGCUGUCCAGUUUGUCCACCGACAACAACAGCACCUCCAAGAACUCCUGAAGUAAUCAGUCGAGGCCCCAAAGGAGACCCUGGUCCUCCUGGGGCUCCAGGCAGUAGUGGUCCCCCUGGCCCACCAGGACAGCCAGGGAGUCCUGGAGCUCCUGGGUCCCCCGGGAUCUGCCAGAACUGUCCCAGUGCUUUCUCUCCACAGUAUGAAUCCUAUGACGUGAAGGCUGGUUCAGUUGUUAUUGAUGACUAUUGCAACUGCAUUAAGCUUUGUAGCUCUAUUACAUUAACGGUUCUACUGGAUACCAAGGCUCCCCUGGAGAACCAGGACAACCAGGCCCUCCUGGAGAACCCGGGAGACCAGGCAGAAAUGGAGAGCGUGGACUGCCUGGAUUACCGGGUUUUGAUGGAAAAGAUGGUGCCAAAGGUGACAGCGGUGCUCCUGGUCCAAAGGGUGAAACUGGUCUUCCUGGAGCAAAUGGAUCACCAGGCCAACCGGGACCAAGAGGUCCAGCUGGUGAAAGAGGAAGACCUGGGAAUCCCGGCGGCCCUGGUGCCCAUGGCAAAGACGGAUCUCCAGGAGCAGCAGGCCCACCUGGUGAAGCUGGUCCUCCUGGUCCUGCUGGUUCUAGUGGUAGUCCUGGAGAGAGAGGAGAACCUGGUCCUCAGGGUCAUGCUGGGCCACCUGGACCUCAGGGCCCUGCUGGAAGGCCUGGAAGCCCUGGCAACAAGGGUGAAAUGGGACCUUCUGGUAUUCCUGGUGCUCCUGGUCUGCCAGGAGGCCGUGGUCUUCCUGGUCCUCCAGGUACAAGUGGAAACCCUGGCGCAAAAGGCAGUCCUGGAGACCCUGGUAAGGAUGGUGCAAAAGGAGAACCAGGCCCAAAAGGAGAGCGGGGUGAAAAUGGCACCCCAGGUGCUCCUGGACCUCCUGGUGAAGAAGGCAAGAGAGGUGCCAAUGGUGAACCUGGCCAGAACGGCAUACCUGGAACACCUGGAGAGAGGGGCUCUCCAGGUUUCCGUGGCUUACCCGGCAGCAAUGGACUUCCAGGUGAAAAGGGUCCUGCAGGCGAGCGUGGCAGCCCAGGGCCCCCUGGCCCCAGUGGACCCGCAGGGGAGCGUGGACAAGAUGGAGGCCCAGGUCUUCCUGGAUUGA